AUGGAUGAAGUGGAAGGUAAUAACCGACAGACCGGUUGUAAUCAACCAGUCAUUGCCAUUAGUAUUUUGGCAUCUAAUAUUUUGGCUACAAUCGUGACACAAAAUAUGCAAACAACUGAAUUCAAUAACGAGUAUCCGGACAGUUACAUCAAGAGUUCACUAAUUGACAUUCUCAUAGCUUCAUAUGUUCCUCUUCCAUAA